CAGCUGAUUCCGCUCGCCGGCCGGUCGCGCUCAGCAGUCAGCGUUCAACUGUCACAAACGCCGUUAGCCCACGUUCUUGUAUUAUGAAAUAUAGUAGUAGUAUGUGUUUUAAUUGGCAGAAUAGAAUUUUGGAUUUUAACACGCUCGCAGUGCGCUUCAACCCACAACAGGAAUCCUUACAGAAAAUUUUGGUGCGAAGGCUCUAUUUUAAAGAUACGUUUUCUGUUGACGAGUGAUAACAAACUUUUUCACAUUCCUCCCGUCGUGCGUUUCGCGUUUUAAACUUUUUUUACGAUGUCUACUGGUAAAAGAUUGGCGAAGAGAUCGAUUAUCGGUACGAGAGUGUGUGCUCCCGGCGAAGACGGCAAGUUUUAUUCGGGCGUAAUACACGCGGUCAAAACGCCGGCGAGCCAAUCGGAAAAUAAUAAUUGUAUCAAUUUAACGCCGAACACUCGGUAUUCGGUGCGAUUUGAUCCGCGACAGGGAAAUCUGGGACGUACGACGGCCGAAUUUCGGGAAGUCGACCUUAUCGGUCCCGGAUUUCGCAGUAUCGGCGGAAUUGAGCUUGUUUAUGGACAAAAAGCGUUCGUUACGUAUAACGGUCGCGAGGUUUGCGGUGAUGUUUUAAGUCAUGACUUAGAAAGUGACGAGGUCAUUAUCACGAUAUUUCCUCCAGGCGCCGAGGUGCCCUUCGAGGUGCAAAAGCGUUUGGAAGAGGUGCGACUUUUGGAAUCGAGAAAAUCGGCAAGGCUGGCCGACCAAGACACGGAUUUCGCACGACUUGCCGAUAUGGCGGGAGACCGGAAGAGAACCGCAUCGCAUACCAUCGACGUUCCUGCCCCAUCUUACCAUUACGGAUCCCGAAAGCGAAGGCCGAGCAGUAGUCAGGAGGAUAGCCCGAAGGAUCCCCAAAUGGACGAGUGCAGCGCCGCCCUGGUUCUAAUGAGCCUCUCGUGUUCGCCACAUUCUCCAAAUUUUGGUAGUAUGUCUUGGGGCGGUACGUCGCCGGGUAGCAGUAGUUCGGCGUCGUGGCGGUCGUCGCCGUCGCCGCCUCCUUGCGAGCUGUCGUCGCCGCCGGCAGCGCCGUUAUCAACAAGUGCCGCGUCCGAUGAAGGCAUCGUCGUCGAUUACUUUGACGAAUUACCCAGGAAGAAAAAGCCCUUAACCCGUAUAGUAUUCCAAUGCACUUGGCCAGGCUGCAUCGCCACCACGAACAGCUGCGAAACAAUAGAGGCUCACGUCAGAAACGACCACCUCAAAGAUCGCGGCGACUUAAUCACGGAAGGCGAGGAAGAGUUUUACUACACCGAAGUCGAAGUGGGCAUACACACGAACAGUUCACCGCCGACGAUGUCGCACCGUGACAUGGCGCGCCCGCCGCACGAGGAUCCCGAAUACCAACGUCAGAUCGUCGGCUCGUUUCGUCAGACCCUGUUCUCGGGACCGAUAAACAUACCACAGUCGCCUCACAAGCUGCUCAAACUAUCGCCUCGGCCUCACAGCCCGAAAAUGCCAGUAUCGCCUCGUCGCAUCCGAGGCGAGAACAAAAAGUGCCGUAAGGUGUACGGAAUGGAACAUAGAGAACAGUGGUGUACGCAAUGUAGGUGGAAAAAGGCGUGUAGUCGAUUCGGAGACUGAUUUUUCCUAAAUUAUCAAAUACAAAUGAAAAUGUGUUCAUUCGCUGUAAAGCCUUCGUACGUGCGUAAUGCACAAAAAUCGGAUCUCAAAACGUAUAAAGUACAAUUAUGAACUGAUAUAAACACUUCAGCUCCAACUGUGUUCGUAAUCGUCGCUUGAGUCAUCUGAAUUGUUUUCUUUUGAGUUAGCUGUUGUAUGUUAUUGUUAUUAUUACGAUAGAUACGUGUUCGUUUGUUCGUACGUGUACCUAAGUGUAUUGUUGCCUAUGACAAAUACCGCUUGCCUGCAAACAUUUCGAUCCGAAGCGCUACUUCACUAAACCUCUAAAGGUGCAAUAAAAUUCAGCUGUGCUGGAAAAUAUGCCAUAGUUCGUACUACCCCCCUCCGGUUUAGUAAUCAUAUCAAAGCUAUCUGUGACAAUUUUACAAAUAAUUCGCUUGUAAUGUCUGGGCAAGUUAGAGAUUUAGAGAUGG